AUGGAGAGCAUUGCCGAGGAGCGCAAGAACCCGUCGUUCCCGGUGCGGGACCUGACGUACUGGAUUGACGGCGGCAAGCGCACAACGGAGCUCAAGGAGCGCGUCAUGCUCGAGCUGGAGCGCGAUCCGCUGUGGCGGGUCAGUGACCACCCGAACCUGACUCUGGCCGAGACGCGCGAGCGGGCAAUGAAGAAGGUGCGGCGGCUGGCAGACCUGGCCACGACCCGGCCGCUGGAGGAGACGAUGGUCCGCUUGGGCGUCAUCAGCGUUGUGGACCCGGGCUUCUGGACGCGGUUCGGCGUGCACUUUGGGCUGUUCUUUGGCGCGCUGCAGGGCCAGGCGACGCCGUCGCAGCUGGCGUAUUGGAUGGACAAGGGGGCGCUGUCGAUGCAGGGCAUCACCGGGUGCUUUGGCAUGACGGAGCUGGGCCACGGCUCGAACGUCGCUGGGCUCGAGACGACGGCGACGCUGGACGAGAGCACCGACGAUGGUGGAUCGGCGGAGCAGCGCACACAGGCCUCGCACUGCGCGGUGUAUGCGCAGCUGAUCGUCAAGGGCAAGCGGUACGGCACCAAGACGUUUGUGGUGCAGCUGCGCGACACGCAGACGUUUGAGCUGAUGCCCGGCGUCAACAUUGGCGAUCUCGGCAAGAAGAUGGGUCGUGACCAGAUCGACAACGGAUGGAUCCGGUUCACGUACGUGCGCAUCCCGCGGUCGCACAUGCUGAUGAAGCACACCAAGGUCACCAAGGCCGGUGAUGGCCGUGUCUCGAUGGUCAGCGACUCGGCCAACGUGGCCAAGCGCGCGCUGACCAUCGCCACGCGCUACGCGGCGGUGCGGCGGCAGUUCAGCGACGGAACUCCCGGCAAGGCCGAGACGAAGCUGCUCGACUACCCGAUCCACCAGCACCGGCUGCUGCCGUUGAUGGCUCAGACGUUCGCCAUGAUCUUCACUGCACGCGAGAUCACGGCCAACUACGAGGCGCUGAUGGCGCAGCUCAACGGGCUGGGCGACGCCAAGGGCGCUGAGGUCGACGAGGCCAUCAAGAACCUGAAGGAGACCCAUGCCACCAGCGCUGGGCUCAAGGCAUUCUGCACGUGGAUGUGUCUCAACAUCAUUGACCAGUGCCGCCAGAGCCUGGGCGGCCACGGCUACUCGGCUUACACGGGCCUGUCGCAGGCAUACGCCGACUUUCACUGUGCACUGCACUGCGGCCGCUACCUGGUCUCCACUGCCAUCGAGGCCCGCAACGGCCAGCCGCUGCCAGCGAACCUCAGCUACCUGAAGGACGCCAUUGCGCCCAAUGGCAAGGCUGCCCGCCGCACGUGCAAGGGCUCCAAGCCUGACGAGGUUGCGUCGCUGGAGGCCCUCAAGGAGGCAUGGAGCAGCGUGUCGGCCAACGCCAUCCUCAACGCCGUGCGCGACUUCGAGGAGGGCGUGGCCAAGGGCCUGAGCAAGGACAACGCCUAUGAGUACUCGUCGGCGUCGCGUCUGCACGCUGCCCGCAUGCACACCUACACCUUCCUGCUGCACCGGCUGCGCCCCGUGCUGCUGCUGCUGGCGCGCCUGUUCGGUGCCCACUCGGCGGUCCAGUUCAGCGGCGAGUUCCUGCAGGCCGGCUACUACUCGGGCGAGCAGGUCGAGUCCCUCAAGGCCUUUGUCAACCACGCGUGCUCCGAGGUGCGCAAGGACGCCGUGCCGCUGACCGAUGCCUUCAACUACACCGACUACGUCGUCAACUCGCCGCUGGGCCGCUUCGACGGCAACCCCAUCCCGUACUUUGACUCGCUCAUCAAGCCCCUGCUUGAGCGCACCCAGACCUUUGAGACCGGGCCCGAGCUCGAGAUUGACCAGGAGGAGUAG